UUGGACAUUUAUGGGCAACCAAGUACUGACCAGCUCCAAGGUUGGUUGUUCGGCAGACUCCAUUGACUUGGCCUCAACCAUCACAAAACCGCUGUGUCGGACAACAAAUUCUUGGUUGAGAGCAAAAUAUGAAUACCGAAAUGUCUCGUCAAGCACUACCGAAAGAGGUGUUUUUGACUAUGGUAGUGGAUUCGAGCACCCCAGCUUGGGAGUAUUUGGCUACGAAAUUUAUUGCAAUGCUGAUCCCGCGAAUCCUAAACAGCUCCAAUGCUAA